UAUCCCGUAUGUUCUACAUUUGAUCCUUUCGCUCGAGUUGAAGCUACAAACUCGCACAGAAUUACAAGAGAAGUUACCAGUGAAAAAUACCGAAGUACUGACUCCUUUCAGAGUAUUACAUAAGGAUAAGGAAACUGACAGACAUGACAGAGCAGAGUUCUGGUUAUAUAUUCUUUCCUGAAGCAGGGAAUAUGUAUAAACCUGAGGAACCUGAUGAUGAGGCUGCAUUUCCUGGCCCUCUUUUGACCAAAAAGAUGCAGAAGGACAGCCUGAUUCGGUUUAUGGUGCAGAAAUCGCAGGAGUGUCUCAAUGCUACUGAUAUACAGGACCCAGUGGAGACAUAUUUCUUCUGGCAGAUUAUGGAAUUGUUCUGCCGUCAAAAUGGAAAAGUGAUGAUGUAUGAAGUUGGCACCCUCCUCUUUAGGGGCUAUGGCAUGCUUAGGAAGAAGUCAUCAGAACUCAGAGGUGUUAAGAACUAUAAGAACUGGUGCCUUCCUCUCGCGCAACUUGUGUGUUCCAAUUCCCCGGAUGGUGAGCACAGAGAGCUUAUGAUCAAGAUGGGAGACGAUUUUGCCUCCAGAGGACUGACCUAUGCAGCUCAUAUCUGCUACGUGGUGGCGAAAGUGGAGCUUGGUUCGCAUGGUCAGUUCGAUCUGAUUGGAUGCAACAGAUUGCCAUUUGGAUUGAGAAUCCUGAGUGAUAUCAUUCAGACAACCGAGACAUAUGAAUACGUGCUGUCGUUGACCUCAGGGCGGGCCCAGCCAAACUUCCAGAUAUUCAAGUUGUAUUAUGCCAGCAGGCUGACCAUGAUUGCACUUUAUGAUUUAGCCAUUGCAUACUGUGAGACCAUCGCUAGGGCAGUCAUCACAUUCCCUGGCAGCUUCAAAAGGACCUUUAUGGAACGGGUUAUUUUGCUGUCUUGCAACUUGCACAAAGAGCUACAAGAGGAAAAUGAAGCUGAGUGGCUGCUAGAGCUUCGCCGGCUUCACAGUGUCAAAGUAGCUGAUGCAAAUGCAAACGCUAAUGCGGUACCAGAGCAGCGCAUGCCAUCUACCAGCUCUGAUCUGGGUUCUGAGAUUCAGGACCCGAUCACUGGCGAGAUCCCUGCUUAUGACCAGCACACUGACCCAGAGGAUGUGUUUGAUUCACGGUACACCAUGGGAGAGCUUCUGGGAAAGGGAGGCUUUGGCUCUGUCUAUGCAGGUGUACGUAAUGAAGAUGGGAAACAGGUUGCCAUUAAAUAUGUGAACAAGAGGCACAUCAACAAACUCCUUAACAUUCCCGGAGAGAAGGACAACACAAACAAGGAGGUGACACUAUUGAGGAUGGUGUCCCGACCACCUUGCUGUAGCAACAUAGUUGCGCUACUGGAGUGGUUUGACAUGCCCGCUCAAGUUGUCUUGGUCCUGGAGCGUCCCAUCCCCUGUAUGAACCUUAAAGAAUUCACUAAACUUCAGAACGGUUGUCUGUCUGAGGCACAGACUCGAGACAUCAUGCUGCAGGUGAUUCAAGCUGCUCGUCACUGCUGUGACCGUGGAGUUUUGCACCGUGACAUCAAGGCCCAGAAUCUCCUAAUAAAUACUGAUACAUUGCAAGUCAAGCUGAUAGAUUUUGGCUGUGGUGACUUGCUGAAGGACACCCCCUACAAAAAAUAUGCAGGCACUCCUGCUUUCUGGCCUCCUGAGCGGGUGCUGUUCGAAGAUUACAACGGCAUUCCUGCUACCAUCUGGGGUCUGGGCAUACUCCUGUCCUACUUGCUCGUUGGAAAAUACCCCUUUAACUCAAAGAAGAGCUUUGAUGACGCAUACCUGAAUUUAUGUCCUGGUGUGUCUCGAGAAUUGCUCGAGCUGCUAAUUUGGUGCCUGGACUUCAACCCUCAAUUGCGUCCAACUUUCGAGGACUUACUCAGGCACGAGUGGUUUGUUGAGGGAAUUCAGGACAAAGUCUAGACGGCGCUGCGGCGUGCGAUGAGCCAGAGUGUGCGAGCGCUCAGUAAUGGAAACCUUAAGUUGUGUAGCUGACCUACAGACUCACCUCUUAAUUGAAAAUAAUCCAUUUUCAAUAAAAAAAAAAAAA